CCUCAUUUUCGAACCCUAUCUCCAACCGGCAACUGUCGCCGCGUGCAGGAGGUCUGCUGACUCUGAUCCAUCGUCCUCUCCCGCUGCUGCGUGAUUGAUCAACGGAGGUCUGUAUUCUUACUUACGCGCGCUUUUAUUUUCAUAGACACCAACCGCCAAGUUGCCCUCUCCAUUUCGAGUCUUCGCUUUGAGUCUUUGACCUUGUUGGCAUUCAUAUUUUGUUUGGCGAGACGAUUUCACUUUAGGUUGUUGUGGUUUCAUAAUUUGAUUCUGGACCGACCUGCGGUGGGGAAGGCGAUGAUAUGCUUCGUUUCAGGUUGUAGUGGUGUUUUGAUGAUCUGAGUCUGAAAGAUCGAGUGUUCCAAAUGACGUCCCCUGAAGAAAAAACCGAUCCCAAAAAUCGUCCAGGAAAAGAAAAUGGGGUACCAAGUGAAUCUGUCCAAGAAGUUACUUCUGUUCCCAAUCCAAAGGCAGAACUUGAAGAAAUUGAAAGGAAAGCCCGGGUCAAUGCUGCAUGGGAGCAAAUGAAUAAGGGGCUAUCAGUUAAAAUUCCCAAAUCAUUUCCACCGCAGCCGUCAGGUGUGAAGAUGAUGCCACAGAAGGCCUCUCCUAAUUGGAUGACUGCUCUGGGCCUAGCACCUAAAAAAGAUGCAUCAUCAGGGAAAGAUGUUCAACAGAAGAAACCUAGUGUUUUACAGAAUGGCACAAAUGAAGAAGCAAAAAAGAUCGCUGCUGCUGCUUUAGCUGCAGUUAAGGACGCUGCGGCUGCAGCUGCAGGCAGGGGGAAGGUAGAGAUCACCGAAGUUCGAGAAUUUGCAGGUGAAGAGAUUGAGGUGAAGAAACUUAUUGAUGCUAACUCAAAGGAAGCAGCUGAAAAGGCGAAAGCUCCGGUUGGACCACCAUCUGCUGUUGAUGCUGUUCUUGAACAAAUAAAAAAGAAACCAAAGCUCAGCGUGCUUGACAAAACAAAAAAGGAUUGGGGAGAAUUCAAGGAAGAGAACAAGGGGUUGGAAGAGGAGUUGGAUGCCUACAAGAAGAGCUCGAACCAGUAUCUUGAGAAGGUUUCCUUCUUGCAGAGGACGGACCUACGGGAAUUUGAACGGGAAAGGGAUGCACGUCUAGCUUUACAGUCGAAGAGAAAGCCAGAUAUGAGAGAAGAACCAUAGCCAGCCAAGCCUCUUAGUUCGCUUUCUGAUCGUACAGCCGUAACUAAUGAUGAAAGGAAAGGAAAGCCGUAGUAGGGAGUUGGAGAAAGAGCCCUUGUGUUGUGGAUGGGACUGCACUGUUCAUGUUCUAUAAUGGGGGUAUGGGGAAGCAUACCAUAAAAUUGUUUUCAAAUUAUUUUGUUCCCUUCUUGCAAUUCAUUAUUAACGAUCAGAGGAAUGAAAUGAGAGGGAAUCAGGGAAUUGUUCA